UCUCUGUUCCUCCUCCAUCGCCAUUCCUUUCCAUUCAUCUUCUUCUUCUGGUGUGCGUAACGUGCGCAGGCGACCUCCAUAGCCGAGCCCCCACAAUGCAGAAGCGGAGCUUCAUCCCCAACCUCGCGUCCACCGCCCCGUCCCUCCCGCUCUCCCAGAGAACAGAGCAUCACCAGGACGGCAACCUCGACACCCUCCAGCGGGGCCUCCGCCGGCGGCUCUCCUCCCUCUCCCUCAAGAUCCAGCCGGCGACCUCCUCCUCGUGGGACCUGCUCCGCCGGACCAGGUCCGUCUCCUCCAUCGGGGCCUCCGCGGGGGGCUCCACCAUCCGGAAGUGGUGGGACUGGGGCUGGUCCUGGAUCCUGACCCGCAAGCCCGUCUUCGCGCUGGAUCUGGAGAUGAACGAGGAGGAGACCAAGGCCCUCGGGUCCCACAACAGGGGGAGCUGGAGGCACGUGUUCUACAAGGUCCGGUCCGAGAUCCGGCGGCUCGUCGGGUCGGACAACCAGGUCGGCCUCCCCCAGACAUGUCGGUACGAUUCGGUGAGCUAUGCCCAGAACUUCGAUCACGGCGGGAGAUCGUCGUCGUUCGUCGAGGCUUAUUGAUCGGUUGGUGAAAUGCCGCACCGAGAGAGCUCGUAAGGGAGAUCGAAGAAGAACGAGAACAAGAAGAACGAGGAGGAGAGAUCCAGAAGCGAUGGAAUAAAAGACCCCGAGAUCCAGACCCCAAUGCACCGAGUUCCCUCCUUUACUUUUUCUUCCGCUUCUUCUUUUUCUUGCCGUUACAGUGAUUGUUUAAUGUGUUUAUUCUUUUCUUGUUUUCUCAUUUCUUCUCUCUCUCUCUCUCUUCAUGUUGGUGAUGUUGAUGAACAAGAUUGCUCUUUUUUUUUUCUUUUUCUUUUUUUUUCCCUUUUGGGCCUGUAAUUAGAGACCAAACUGAGAAUGUGUUAUAUGAAUCAAAGCUGGCUUCUCUCUCUCGCUCUCUGUGGAAACCAGAUUCAGAGUAUUGCAGUAUAAAGAACUGUCGUUGUUCU